AUGAGGGAGGAAGCUGACUUAUGGUGGGCCCAAGGAAAGGAUGAGUUAUUAAAGAAACCAAACUUUGGGAGGGAGGAGUUUAAGGAAGCUUUGAGGGAGAAGUUUUACCCGUCCUACCUGAGAAAGCAGAAGUCCCACCUGUAUGGUAUUAAGGGGAGAGAGAAGGAUCAUUCUGGAGAGAAAAGGAAGAACCCGGACUCUUUUCAAGGGGGUGAAAAGAGGCAUAAGCCCAAUGGUAACCACCAAGGGAAUUUUGAAGAUAGGAGGGACAACAAAGGGUACUUUGGGAAAGGGAAUGGAGGCCAUUUGGCCAACGCUAGAGGGAAUGGAAACCAAAGGGAUGAGAAGCCUAAGAGAAAGUAUCUCUGUAAGCAGUGUGAGAAAGACCACCCUAGGAAGGACUGUGAGGGGAACCCGGUAACUUGUCGUUACUGUCAGAAGUUGGGACACCGUGAGUAUGAGUGUUUCGAGAAAGAGGUUGACGUUAAGUCAGGAAAGGUGAAAGAGUCUAGUACUCUUAGAAAACCAUCGCAGCCUAGUGGACCUACACCCAAGAUUGGAACUAGUAGCGGUGCAGGACCCAAAGGGUCGUAUGUUCGUGAUGAAAAACCGGAAGUGAGGAAUUGUUCCAAGUUGUUUAGAAGUGUAUCUAUUUCCAUUUUUGGGGCAGAAUUUCCAUCAGAUUUAAUCGAGUUCGAUUUGAAGGAUCUCGAUGUGAUUUUGGAUAUGGAUUGGUUCGGAAAGUAUGAAGCCAAGAUUGACUGUGUAGUUGAAAAGGUUGCUUUGAAUAGCCCAAGUAAGACUAGAGUGCCAUCUAGAAAGGAAGAGAAGAGUUCAUGGUUGAGAUUUAUUUCUGCAAUACAACUAUUGAAGUUUGUUAAGAAGGGUUAUCCUCUGUUUAUGUGUAGUGUUCGGGAAGUUGGAAAUAAGGAAGAGAAGAGUGAUGAGAGUAUUCCAGUUAUAGAAGAGUUUCCUAAUGUAUUUCGAGAUGAGAUUCCUGAUAUGCCACCAGUAAGGGAUGUGGAGUUCACUAUCGACCUAGUGCCUGGUACUGGACCUAUUUCUAAGGCUCCAUAUAGGAUGGCUCCAGUUGAGAUGAAAGAGUUGAAGACUUAG